AUGGGCAAAAGAAUCUCCUUAUUUUUCAUACGGCUUUUUAUAUACAUAUUACGUAUACAGGGCUUUUUAUUCGAACAUGUUGCUAUUGACAAGAUACAGAUAAAAUCAUGUGAUCUAAUUAUUGUUUCACCUGCCUUCAGCCCUUCACGAAUUGUUACCAAAAGAAUACAACUUCGUAUCACCAUUGAAUCGCAGUCCAUCGCGAAAUGGUUUUAUCUUAUUCCAGAAGAACAACAACGCAGCAUAUUUGGUAAACCACUUCUUCGUGAAUUGAAAUACCAGCUAGACGAUGAUCACGAAUACAUAUUAGUCAACAAUCAAAAUAUUGAUACUUCUCCCAUUGCUACUAUUAAUUUAUCAUCCACUUCUUUCUUUAUAAUAAAAAAAGCCAAUCUUUUAGAAAUUCUAAAGUCAAGGUUUUCAGCCGUCUUCGCUUCUACUCCCUCUCUAUCGGUUAAACACAUUAUCGUUGUUGGAGUAGUACUAAUUGCAUUAAUAGCUUGCUCAUUUAUGUUAAUGUCAACUGCUCCUGUUAACCUGAAAGGUUUCGAUUACAAGAAACCGAGAGCCUACUUUACCAGUGGUGGAUCUAAAAAUCGCUAUCCAGAUUUAUAUUGA